GAGAGGGAGAGGGAGGGAGAGAAGGAAGGGAGAGAAGACGGAUAUCUCAGGUCAUCUGCAGCUGCAGCGUCUGAGGAGCCGAGGAAGGCAGGGAGAUGGCGAUCCUCCAUUGCUGAGACCCGGCAGAAGCACAUGAGACUCCCAAACAACUUCCACAACAAUAACCCGAGCAGGAAGAAGGAGAGAAAGAGGAUAAGGAGGCGGUGGGGCUGGAGAACCCGAAACACCUCCCGGCGCCGCCGCUUCUUCUGUUCCUAAUGUGAGAAGGUAGGCCCAGAUCAUGGAGGUGCUUCAGUGCGAUGGCUGUGACUUCAGAGCCCCGUCUUAUGAAGAUCUCAAGGCGCACAUUCAGGAUGUCCACACGGCAUUUCUGCAGCCAACUGAUGUUGCUGAAGACAAUGCUAACGAGCCACGAUCCGGGUCCAUGAAUGCCAGUAAUCAGACAGAGGUGGAGUAUUCCUCUAUAAAGGACGAAUUUGCGAUCGCAGAGGAUUUAUCAGGUCAAAAUGCAACCGCAUUGGGGACCGGAAGCUACUAUGGCCACAGUCCAGGAUAUUACGGUCAGCAUAUUGCCCCUAAUCCCAAACCAACAAACAAGUUUUUUCAAUGCAAGUUCUGCGUCCGCUACUUCAGGUCAAAAAACCUCCUCAUCGAACACACAAGGAAGGUCCACGGAGCUCAAGCUGAAGGGAGUUCGGCGGGACCCCCUGUUCCCGGAUCCUUAAAUUAUAAUAUCAUGAUGCACGAGGGAUUUGGAAAGGUCUUCUCUUGCCAGUUUUGCACAUACAAGUCACCGAGGAGGGCAAGAAUCAUUAAGCAUCAGAAAAUGUAUCACAAAAACAACUUGAAGGAGACCACGGCUCCCCUCCCUGCCCCUGCUCCAAUGCCAGACCCCGUGGUCCCACCCGUGUCUCUGCAGGACCCCUGCAAAGAACUGCCGGCAGAGGUCGUGGAGCGCAGCAUCUUGGAGUCUAUGGUCAAGCCUUUGACCAAGUCUCGAGGCAACUUUUGCUGUGAGUGGUGCAGCUACCAGACCCCCCGCCGGGAACGCUGGUGCGACCACAUGAUGAAGAAGCAUCGCAGUAUGGUCAAGAUCCUUUCCAGCCUCAGACAGCAGCAAGAAGGGACGAACCUCCCCGAAGUGCAGAACAAAAGCGCCCCCAGCCCCACUUCCAAUUCCACCUAUCUGUCCAUGAAUGCUGCCAGCCGGGAGAUGCCCAGCGCUAACGUCUCCAACUUCCGCGGCUCCAUCAGUAACUCCAUCAUGAGACCCAAUUCCUCGUCCGCUUCCAAGUUUUCACCCGUGUCUUACCCGCAGAUGAAGCCGAAGUCCCCUCACAACUCUGGCCUGGUUAACUUGGCGGAGAGAUCGCGUUACGGGAUGGCUGACAUGACCAACUCCUCUGCCGACCUGGAAACUAACAGCAUGCUGAAUGACUCCAGUUCUGAUGAGGAGUUGAACGAAAUAGACAGCGAGAAUGGCUUAAAUGCCAUGGAUCACCAGACUUCCGGCAUGUCUGCGGAGCAGCUGAUGGGCUCAGAUGGCAACAAAUUGUUGGAGACCAAGGGGAUUCCGUUCCGAAGGUUCAUGAAUAGGUUCCAGUGCCCCUUUUGUCCUUUCCUCACUAUGCAUCGACGCAGCAUCUCCCGUCACAUAGAAAACAUCCACUUGUCCGGAAAGACUGCCGUCUAUAAAUGUGACGAGUGUCCGUUUACUUGCAAGAGCUCGUUAAAACUCGGCGCUCACAAACAGUGUCACACGGGUACAGCGUCAGAUUGGGAUGCCGUGAAUUCCCAGAGUGAGAGCAUUUCUUCCUCGCUGAAUGAAGGUGUGGUGUCUUACGAGAGCUCGAGCAUCAACGGGAGGAAGUCAGGAGUCCUGCUGGAUCCCUUGCAGCAGCAACAGCCACCGCCGCCGCCGCCGCCGCCACCACCGCCUCCGUCCCAGCCGCAGCCACCGCAGCUACAGACGCCGCACCAGGUACCGGCGCAGCCGCAGCCCCAGCCCGCACCGACGCAGCAGCCGCAGCCUCCCGUGCCAGCCCCGCCCCUGCACCCUUACAAGUGCACCAUGUGUAGUUACUCCACCACGACUCUGAAAGGGCUGCGAGUCCACCAGCAGCACAAACACUCGUUCUGCGACAACUUGCCAAAAUUCGAGGGGCAGCCCUCAAGCCUGCCACUGGAAAGCGAGACAGACAGCCACCCCUCUUCCAGCAACACUGUGAAGAAAAGCCAGACCUCAAUUCUUGGGUUGUCCUCCAAGAACAAUUUUGUAGCUAAGGCCUCCCGGAAGCUCGCCAAUGACUUUCCCCUCGAUUUAUCGCCCGUGAAGAAGAGAACUAGGAUCGACGAGAUAGCCAGCAACCUGCAGAGCAAAAUUAACCAAACGAAGCAGCAGGAGGACGCGGUGAUCAAUGUGGAGGACGACGAGGAGGAAGAGGACGACAACGAAGUGGAGAUAGAGGUGGAGUUGGACAGGGAGGAAGAGCCGACGGAGCCAGUCAUGGAGGUGGCCACUUCCUUUUCGGCCCAGCAGAUCUGGGCGAGAGAUGCCGGGGAGCCCCAGAAGGAGCCCAACUUCAGAAGCGUCACCCACGAUUACAACGCCACCAACGGCGCGGAGAUUGAGCUCACCCUGUCUGAAGACGAAGAGGAUUAUUACGGCUCCUCAACAAACAUGAAAGAUCACCAGGUCGCCAACACCGCUCUGCUGAACACCCAGACUCCUAUCUACGGAACCGAGCACAAUAGCGAGAACACAGACUUUGGUGACUCCGGAAGGCUUUACUAUUGCAAACACUGUGACUUUAACAACAAAUCUGCCCGGAGCGUCAGCACCCACUACCAACGAAUGCACCCGUACAUUAAAUUCAGCUUUAGGUACAUCUUGGACCCCAACGAUCACAGUGCAGUGUACAGGUGCCUGGAAUGCUACAUCGAUUACACCAACUUUGAAGACCUGCAGCAGCACUACGGCGAACACCACCCAGAAGCCAUGAAUGUACUCAACUUCGACCAUUCGGACCUGAUCUACCGGUGUCGGUUUUGUUCCUACACGAGCCCGAAUGUCCGAAGCCUGAUGCCACAUUACCAAAGAAUGCAUCCCACGGUGAAGAUUAACAACGCGAUGAUAUUUUCCAGCUACGUCGUGGAGCAGCAGGAAGGGCUGAGUACGGAAUCCCAGACGCUGAGGGAGAUUCUGAAUUCGGCCCCCAAGAGCAUGGCGACUUCCACUCCCGUGGCUCGCGGUGGCGGUCUGCCAGCUACAUUUAAUAAAAGCACUCCUUCAAAGACCUUUAGUCCAGAAUGUGAAAAUCAGAAGGACCCCUCAGUUAACACUGUUGUCGUUUACGAUUGUGACGUUUGCUCGUUCGCAAGCCCCAACAUGCAUUCUGUCUUGGUUCAUUAUCAGAAGAAACACCCUGAAGAAAAGGCUUCCUACUUUAGGAUCCAGAAAACCAUGCGAAUGGUGUCUGUGGACAGGGGCUCUGCCCUUUCUCAAUUAUCAUUUGAGGUGGGUGCUCCAAUGUCUCCCAAAAUGUCCAACAUGGGUUCCCCACCCCCCCCACAACCCCCGCCACCAGACCUCAGUACUGAGCUUUACUACUGCAAACACUGUUCCUACAGCAAUCGGUCAGUUGUGGGAGUGCUUGUCCACUACCAGAAAAGACACCCAGAAAUAAAGGUUACUGCCAAAUAUAUCAGACAGGCUCCUCCCACAGCUGCAAUGAUGAGAGGGUCCGAGGGGCCCCAAGGCUCCCCCCGGCCACCCGCCCCCAUGCAACAGCUGAACCGAAGCAGCUCUGAGAGAGACGGCCCUCCUGUGGAGAAUGAGAUGUUCUUUUGCCAGCACUGUGAUUACGGGAACCGGACGGUCAAAGGUGUACUCAUUCACUAUCAGAAGAAGCACCGAGACUUCAAGGCCAACGCGGACGUGAUCCGGCAACACACGGCCACCAUCCGAAGCCUCUGUGACCGCAACCAGAAGAAGCCUGCCAGCUGUGUGCUUGUCGCCCCCUCUGCCGUGGAGCGGGACAAAACCAAACUGCGAGCGCUCAAGUGUAGGCAGUGCUCGUAUACCUCCCCCUACUUCUAUGCACUGAGGAAGCAUAUCAAGAAAGACCACCCUGCCCUGAAGGCCACAGUCACGUCCAUCAUGCGGUGGGCAUUUCUAGACGGCUCGAUAGAAGCUGGCUACCACUGCGAGUGGUGCAUCUACUCCCACACAGAGCCCAGCGGUUUGCUCCUACAUUACCAGAGGAGGCAUCCGGAGCACUAUGUUGACUAUACUUACAUGGCUACCAAACUCUGGGCUGGGCCCGACCCAUCCCCUCCCUCUCUCACCAUGCCCGCCGAAGCCAAAACGUACAGAUGCCGAGACUGUGUUUUCGAGGCCAUGUCCAUCUGGGACAUCACCAAUCACUACCAAGCAUUCCAUCCCUGGGCCAUGAACGGUGACGAGUCGGUGCUGCUGGAUAUCAUCAAGGAGAAAGACGCCGUCGAGAAUGUCAUCCCUCCGUCCGAAGAGCUGGUGGGCCCCGUGAAUUGUGACAACAGUAUGCCCGCUCCGCUCCCCGAGCAGGAUGCCGAAUGCCCGGAGGACGCCCGGCUUUCCCCCGAGAAAAGCAUCCAGCUGGCCUCCGCCAACCCCGCCAUAUCGUCCACCCCAUACCAGUGCACCGUGUGCCAGUCCGAGUAUAACAACCUGCACGGCCUCCUCACCCACUAUGGGAAGAAGCACCCCGGCAUGAAGGUGAAGGCUGCCGACUUCGCCCAGGACAUCGACAUCAACCCGGGCGCCGUCUACAAAUGCAGGCAUUGCCCGUACAUCAACACCCGCAUCCACGGCGUCCUGACCCAUUACCAGAAGCGACACCCGGCCAUCAAGGUGACCGCCGAGGACUUCGUGCACGACGUGGAGCAGUCCGCCGACAUCGCCCAGAACGACGUGGAGGAGACGAGCAGGAUCUUCAAGCAAGGCUACGGCGCCUACCGCUGCAAACUGUGUCCGUACACGCACGGCACCUUGGAGAAGCUCAAAAUCCACUACGAGAAGUAUCACAAUCAGCCUGAAUUUGAUGUGUUUUCCCAGUCGCCCCCGAAGCUGCCAGUCUCCCUCGAGCCCGAGAUGACCACUGAGGUGAGCCCCUCCCAGGUGUCCGUCACCGAGGAGGAGGUGGGAGAGGAGCCCGUGUCCACGUCUCACUUCUCUACCUCGCACCUGGUCUCCCACACGGUGUUCCGCUGUCAGCUGUGCAAGUACUUCUGCUCCACGAGGAAGGGCAUCGCCAGGCACUACCGCAUCAAGCACAACAACGUGCGAGCCCAGCCCGAGGGCAAGAACAACCUCUUCAAGUGCGCCCUGUGCGCCUACACCAACCCCAUCCGCAAAGGGCUGGCGGCCCACUACCAGAAGCGCCACGACAUCGACGCCUAUUACACGCACUGCCUGGCGGCCUCCAGGACCAUCAGCGACAAGCCCAACAAGGUGAUCAUCCCGUCCCCGCCCAAGGAUGACUCCCCGCAGCUCAGCGAGGAGCUCCGGCGGGCCGUGGAGAAGAAGAAGUGCUCCCUGUGCUCCUUCCAGUCCUUCAGCAAGAAGGGCAUCGUGUCCCAUUACAUGAAGCGCCACCCGGGGGUGUUCCCCAAGAAGCAGCACGCCAGCAAGCUGGGCGGCUACUUCACCGCCGUCUACGCCGACGAGCACGAGAAGCCGCUGCUGAUGGAAGAGGAGGAGAGAGGCAGCUUCGAGAAAGCCGAGGUGGAGGGAGGCGAGGCCCAGGAGAUCGAGUGGCUCCCGUUCCGCUGCGUCAAGUGCUUCAAGCUGUCUUUCAGCACGGCGGAGCUGCUGUGUAUGCAUUACACUGACCACCACAGUCGGGACCUGAAGAGGGACUUCGUCAUUCUGGGCAGCGGCCCCCGCUUGCAGAGCCCCGCCUACCAGUGUAAGCACUGUGAUAGCAAACUGCAAAGCACAGCGGAGCUGACCUCACACUUGAACAUUCACAAUGAGGAAUUCCAGAAGCGUGCCAAACGUCAGGAGAGGAGGAAACAGCUUUUGAGCAAGCAGAAAUAUGCAGAUGGUGCUUUUGCAGAUUUCAAACAAGAGAGGCCUUUUGGUCACUUAGAAGAGGUGCCAAAGAUCAAGGAGAGGAAGGUGGUGGGCUACAAGUGUAAAUUCUGUGUGGAAGUGCACCCGACGCUCCGAGCCAUCUGCAAUCAUCUCCGGAAACACGUCCAGUACGGCAGCGUCCCGGCCGUGUCCGCCGCCGUGAAGCAGGAGGCCGAAGACCCCUCCCACUUGUUCCUGGAUGGAUUGGAAGCAGCCAAAGAUGCCACUGGCGCCCUGGUGGACCGGGUGGAUGGUGAACACUGCUUGCUUGAUGGAAUGUUGGAGGAUGAAACCCGGCCGGGGGGAUACCAUUGUAGUCAAUGUGACAGAGUCCUGAUGUCCAUGCAGGGGCUGCGUUCUCAUGAGAGGAGCCAUCUGGCCCUGGCCAUGUUUACCCGCGAGGACAAGUACAGCUGCCAGUAUUGCUCCUUUGUUUCCGCUUUCAGGCACAAUUUGGAUCGCCACAUGCAAACUCACCACGGACACCAUAAACCAUUCCGAUGCAAACUCUGCUCCUUCAAGUCCUCCUAUAACAGCCGGCUGAAAACACAUAUACUCAAAGCUCAUGCUGGUGAACAUGCCUACAAGUGUUCUUGGUGCUCGUUUUCCACCAUGACAAUCAGCCAGUUGAAGGAACACUCCCUCAAGGUCCACGGAAAAGCCCUGACCCUCCCCAGGCCACGGAUUGUCAGUCUGCUCUCCUCACACGCUCACCACUCCUCCCAGAAAGCCACCCCUGCCGAAGAAGUAGAAGACUCUAAUGACUCCUCCUACUCAGAACCUCCAGAUGUUCAGCAGCAGUUGAACCACUACCAGUCCGCUGCCCUGGCAAGGAACAACAGCCGUGUUAGCCCCGUGCCUCUUUCUGGGGCCGCCGGGGGUGCUGAGCAGAAAACCGAAGCUGUUCUUCACUGCGAAUUCUGUGAAUUCUCCUCUGGCUACAUCCAGAGCAUCAGACGCCAUUACAGGGACAAGCACGGCGGGAAGAAGCUCUUCAAGUGCAAAGACUGCUCCUUUUACACAGGCUUUAAAUCUGCUUUUACUAUGCACGUGGAAGCCGGGCAUUCGGCGGUUCCUGAGGAGGGCCCCAAAGAUCUCCGCUGUCCUCUCUGCCUCUAUCACACCAAAUACAAACGCAACAUGAUCGACCACAUCGUGCUGCACCGAGAAGAGCGCGUCGUCCCCAUUGAGGUGUGCCGUUCCAAACUGUCAAAAUACUUGCAGGGAGUAGUUUUCCGCUGUGAUAAGUGUACCUUCACCUGCUCCAGUGACGAGAGCCUCCAGCAACACAUAGAAAAGCACAAUGAACUGAAACCUUACAAAUGCCAGCUCUGCUACUACGAGACCAAGCACACGGAGGAGCUGGACAGCCACCUUCGGGACGAGCAUAAGGUGAGCCGUAACUUUGAGCUGGUUGGACGGGUUAACUUGGAUCAGUUGGAACAGAUGAAGGAAAAGAUGGAGAGCUCCAGCAGUGAUGACGAGGACAAGGAAGAAGAAAUGAACAGCAAGGCUGAUGACAGAGAUCUGAUGAGAUUUGCUGACCGUGGGGCUGCUAUUAACACUGAGAAGCGUUUUCCAUGUGAAUUUUGCGGACGGGCGUUCUCACAGGGCUCUGAGUGGGAAAGGCACGUGCUCAGACACGGCAUGGCGUUGAAUGACACCAAGCAGGUGAGCAGAGAAGAAAUCCACCUGAAGGAGAGUGUGGAGGACAGUAUUAAGAUGCCCUCUAUAGAGGAAAAGGAAGAUGAUGAGGCAAUCGGGAUAGACUUUUCCCUAAAGAGUGAAACAGUAGCCAUCUGUGUAGUAGCUGCUGACAAAUCUCUCCUGGAGAAUGCAGAGGCCAAAAAAGAAUAAGCGUUUGGUGAACUUCUUAAUCAAACCGUACUUGAACCGUGAUGAGAAAGUGGGGAGGGCCAGCUUGGGCUGAGAAGGGCGGGGACAGAAAAGAAGACAGAACAAAGCUGCUUUUUAGGACUGAACAAUCUAUUUUCAAAGCACUGGUACCUGUGUGAGUGAGUAUGUAAAUUAAAGUUAUUUAAAUGGUUGGAA